GACAACCCCGCUGCAGAACAGCCUGCAAGAAGUAGACCAAUACAUUCUACUUCCGUCACUAUCAUAUACCUACCCAACACAACAAUCGUUUGCGACGAUAAGCGACUUCCACAUCGACAACCAAAGCGCAUAACUCUACAUACCGAGGCACUCUCCCCAGAGGCCAGAGCCCGCAUCGCGUCUCGAUCAUCACCAUCACCACAACCCCGACAUACGAGGACCCCAACAAACAUUAAUCUCGACUCAAACCCAAAAACACCAUCGCAAUGUCCCUCAACGUAGCCCAACGCCGUCUCCUCCAAGAAUACCGCUCCCUAACCAACAACCCGCCGGAAGGCAUCACCGCGGGCCCCAUCUCCGAAGACGACCUGCUGCACUGGGAAUGCCUGAUCCAAGGGCCCGAGGGCACCCCCUUCGAGGGCGGCGUGUUUCCCGCAGAACUCAAGUUCCCGAAUGAUUACCCGCACAUGCCGCCGAGCAUGAAGUUCUUGGGGGAUGUAUUUCAUCCUAAUGUCUACCCCUCAGGUCUAGUCUGCAUCUCGAUCCUCCACCCACCUGGCGACGACCCGAACCACUACGAGACUGCCUCGGAGAGAUGGUCACCUAUCCAGUCCGUCGAGAAGAUCUUGUUGUCGGUUAUGAGCAUGUUGGCGGAGCCUAAUGACGAGAGUCCGGCGAACGUGGAGGCGGCCAAGAUGUGGAGGGAGAGGAGGAGCGAAUACGAGACGAGGGUGAAGGUGAGUGUGAGGGCUAGUUUGGGGCUUUAGGCAUGGGGCACGUGGGAAGAGAAGAGGGUGGAGAGUGAGGGAGGAUGAAGAAUUGGUUAAGGGGAAACGAGAAGGAGAGGAUGAUGGUGAAGAAUUGGUGAAGAGCCUCAGAGUGACAAAGCACUUUGAGCAAGAGGGUGGUUUGCGGUAUACCUUUUAUUAGCAUGGCAUGGCAAUGGUGUUUUCCUGAGGAUAAUAAUGAUGAACUUUCUUCUUCCACCACAGAGCUUCCCAUUCAUAAUCACUGCUUGCCUUCCCCGU